AUGGCUACCGCCGACACCAACGCCAACUCCAACGCCUUGUUGGCCUUCUUUUCUCAGAUGGACGAUCAGGGUGGUGUCAUUGUCAGAGAUGUUCCCAAGCUCGAUCUAGAUCUGUACAUCCAGAAUUACACAGCCUCCGUCCGCGCCUCCGCCCUCCUCCCCCCGCCUGCCAAGACUCCGCUGUCUCCUGGGGACAUUCACUCACCUGCCGCAGGUCGUACCCGCUUUGAACGACUCUUCCUCAUCGGACGGACUUGCGUGCCGCUCUGUGUUGAUGCCCUGAAAGCUGCUGUCGCCGAAGCUAAGCAGGGUCAAGAUGUUCAGAGAUAUCGUGAUGCCUUCGAGUGCCUUCACAUCGCCGCACCCUCCGAGCCGGAGGCCACCUAUGACACGCAAUGGGUGGAGGAAACGGAGAGGGCCAACAGGACCAAGACUCAGAACCUCGAAAACGAGCUGAAGGGUUAUAAGAUGAACCUCAUCAAGGAGAGCAUCCGGAUGGGCAAUGAGGACUUGGGCCGUCACUUCGAGAGCAUCGGCGACCUGGGCUCGGCUGGUGAGGCCUACAGCCGCAUGCGGCCCGACGUGAGCACAUCGAAGCACAUCAUCGACGUUGGCAAGCACCUCGUCAACGUAUCGCUGCAGCGCCGCGAGUGGCCCAUGGUCAUUGCCAACCUGAGCAAGAUCACCGGAGUCCAGAAUGGCGACGAGGAAAAGGGGCUUCAACCCUACGUGAAGAUCGUCCAGGGGAUUGCGCUCAUGGGUCUGGAGAAGUUUGAGGACGCCGCCAAAAGCUUCCUGCAAACGGAUGCCGGCAAAGAGGGAGUGGACUACAGCAAUAUCGCGAGCCCCAACGACGUGGCAGUGUAUGGCGGUCUCCUGGCUCUGGCCACCAUGGAUCGGAAGGACCUCCAGACUCGUGUCCUCGACAACCAAAACUACAGGACCUUUCUUGAGCUGGAACCCCAUAUCCGUAAAGCCAUCUCCCUUUUCGUCAACGGUCGAUACUCGGCAUGUCUUGCGAUUCUGGAGGCGUACCGGGCCGACUAUCUCCUCGACAUAUAUCUCCAGAAGCACAUUCCCGCGCUCUACUCUCAGAUCCGGAGCAAGUGCAUUGUGCAGUACUUCAUCCCGUUUUCCUGCGUCACCCUCAGCAGCCUGGAAGACGCAUUUGCGGUGCCAGAUCGGUCGCUCGUUGAUGAGCUCGUUACCAUGAUCAAGGGCGGCGUUUUACAUGCCCGAAUCAAUACCAUUGACAAGGCCAAUUGUCAGACUCUGGUCGCCGUCUCUCCGAACCCCCGAGCCAACUUGCAAAAGUUGGUCCUUGAAACGAUUGAUGGCUACGAGCGGGACGCCCUGGAGCGGAUCCGGCGCAUGAGCAUCAUCGCUGCGGACAUGGAAGUCAAGAAUCCCCGGAAGGGAGCAAAUGCUCACAGCGGCAUCGACGAGCUCUGGCAUGACCAGAACCGGCCUGUUGCGGCCGGCGGCCCAAGCAGCGAUUUGAGCUGA